AUGAGCCAUCUCCACAUUUUCUUGAUUCCAAUGGUAGCUCAUGGCCAUAUGAUCCCCACACUAGACAUGGCCAAACUCUUCGUCUCCAGAGGCGUAAAAACCACCAUAAUCUCGACCCCGGCAUUCGCCCAACCGAUACGAACGGCCCAAACCUCGGGAUUCGACAUUAAUCUCGAAAUAAUCGACUUCCCGCCGAAAAAUUCCGAACUGCCGAACGAUAUCGUGAGCAUGGACCAAGUCACCUCGGAUGAUUUAGUCCACGAUUUUUUCCACGCCCUGGAUUUACUCCAAGAGCCGCUCGAAAAUCUCAUUCGCGAACUAAAUCCGAGCUGUCUCGUUUCGGACAUGUUUUUACCGUGGACCACGGGCUGCGCCGCCAAAUUCAAAAUCCCAAGAUUGGUCUUUCACGGGAUAAGCUACUUGUCUCUAUGUUGCAUGGAGAUAAUGAGCCGUGACAGGCCUUUCGACAAGGUCUCGUCGGCUUCGGAAGAGUUUGUCGUGCCUCAUCUCCCGCAUGAGCUCAAGUUUGUUAGAACACAAGUGUCGGAUCAUCUUUUAGAGGACAACGAGAUUAGCCGGGUUAUGAAGCGAAUGAGGGACUCGGAUUGGGAGAGCUAUGGAGUUGUGGUUAAUAGCUUUUACGAGCUCGAGCCGGAGUAUGCCUCGUAUUACAAGGGAGUUUUGGGGAGAAAGGCUUGGAACAUAGGCCCACUUAUUUUGCACAACAGAGGAGACAGAGUUCAUAAUGAAGCCAAAAAGGGAAACAAAUCAUCGAUCGAUGCACAUGAAUGCUUGGGUUGGUUGGACACGAAGAAGCCCAACUCGGUCGUGUAUGUGUGUUUCGGGAGCAUGGCAGAAUUCUCCCGAUCCCAACUGCACGAAAUCGCAUACGGGCUCGAGACAUCCGGCCACGAUUUCAUAUGGGUGGUGCGAACGAAAGGCGAUGAAAACGAUGGUGACCUCUUCCCCGAGGGGUUCAUCGAGAGAACGCGAGGCAAGGGCCUCGUCAUAAGGGGAUGGGCCCCUCAAGUGGCUGUCCUCCAACACGAGGCCACAGGCGCUUUCGUGACGCACUGCGGGUGGAACUCGAUGCUGGAGGGCGUCUGCGCGGGUGUCCCCAUGGUGACGUGGCCGCUUUUCGCCGAGCAAUUUUUCAACGAGAAGUUGGUGACGGAGGUUCUGCGAGUCGGGGUUAGCGUCGGGAACAUGACGUGGCAGAGGGUGGGUAGUGAGGGCGUGAAGAGGGGUGCAUUGGCGAGAGCGGUGGGGAUCGUGAUGGAGGGGGAUCAAUUGGGGUUGGAGAUGAGAAACCGAGUAAAAUGUUAUAAGGACUUGGCGAUUAAGGCCGUAGAGGAAGGAGGGUCGUCUUAUAAUGGUAUGGCUACUUUGAUUCAAGAUUUAAGUACGUAUAGUUGUCCCGUGAAAGGUGUCACGUGUGCGAGCUAG